AUGAUAUUCAUAUAUAGGCAUCAUUUGUAUACACCUAGAACGACACACCCAUAUAUAUGCACCAGCACCAUCCUACAGGCUCCAGCUUCCUUAACGUCACCGCCAGCAUCGAAAAACAACCCGAACCCCUCUUACCCCAUAGCAACCAGGGAUCACCCCACCAUACCUUCUCAGGUGCUUCCUUCUACCGAGCCAGCAACAUUCCUUGAGUCCUCAUUAUUCUCGCGUAUUGGACCAGGGGCUAAGCUGCCAUCUCCCGCAAACGUCCGUGAACAGGGUGUGGUACAAGACCCAACAUCAAAGGAUCGUGCAGCUUGGUUUCAUUGUGAAGUAUGGGCGUGCUCUAACCGUCGUCUUACCUACUAUACCUAUCCUAGGAGUAUAUGCUGGACCCAUACUAUUAACCGUGAGCCACUUGGUGAUAUUAUUUUUACUAAUAAAAACCGUCCCCCCGACAUUCCUCUCUGUUGCUCAAUUUCACGACUAGAUACUAAUAGUAGUAAAGAACUUUCUGAAAUCCCAGGACCCUUUCGAAAUAGUAUGCCAGGUGAUGCCGAAGUCGUCUUUACACACGGUGAUCUCUGUCUAAGCAAUAUUAUGAUAUCGGAAGACUCUAAAAUUGUCAGAAUCAUUGAUUACUGGGAGUUUUGUAAAGCUGAAUAUACAGCCAAAGUCAAUAGUGAAUGGCUGGACCUGUAUAUACCGCUGUCUCUAAACAAGCCUGCCUGUCUCGAAGCUUGGGAGUUUUAUACUACUGUCUCUACAAGGCAUAUCUUCUGGCGGUUUGUCCACUGGGAGGCCUGA